UUUCUUCAGAAAUUUCCUCACUUUUCAACUGAAGAUAGAAGAAUCUACGCUGCUAUGGUGGCUUCGUUGGAUGAAUCUGUUGGAAACAUUACAAAAGCUCUUAAAAGAAGUGGAUUGUAUGACAACUCUGUCAUCGUUUUCACGACAGAUAACGGAGGUGCUCCCUGGGGAUUUAACUGGAAUCAAGGCUCGAAUUACCCACUCAGAGGAGGAAAAGUGACAUUAUGGGAGGGAGGGGUCCGUGGUGUCGGAUUUGUACACAGCAAUUUGAUAAGAAAAAAAGAGCGCGUCAGUUAUGACUUAAUUGAUGCCACAGAUUGGUUACCAACCUUCUAUCAUCUGGCUGGCGGUAACGUCUCCAUGAUAGAAGAUAAGAUUGAUGGCAUGAAUGUGUGGGACACCUUAGCGCAUGGAAAGAAAUCUCCAAGAACUGAGGUUCUUCACAACAUUGACCCCAUCAGUAGAUUCGCAGCAAUCAGAGUGGAGCGAUACAAGUUAGUUGUGAAUCAGGACGGUUUUUACAAAUCAACUUGGUAUCCACGUUAUGAGGUACCAGGAGAACUGGACACUAUGCCACAGCCCCGCACACUGCCUGGCGCGGUUAUUCAGUGUGGCGAGUGGAACAGUAGCAUAGAAACUGCAUGCAACAGUGAUGUGUUCCCUUGUUUGUUUGACAUUGAAGAAGACCCUUGCGAGUACAAAAACAUUGCUAAAACUCAUAUCGACAUAGUAAGGCGUCUGGUCUUGAGGCUGAUUUAUUACCAGAGAAGGGCCCUUCCUGUGUGGUUUCCAGAGACGGACACGAAAGCUGACCCAGCAAAGCAUUGUGGGUUUUGGAGUCCUUGGAGGUCCUCAAAGAAAAACAAAGCUAUUUUGCAGAAAGUUAUUGAUAACUUACCUUCAGGAGUUGAGAGAAAACAUAAAUGUAAGGGCAAAUGCGCGGCACGUGAGACUAAGAAAACUGAAAAAACAGAAAAGGUCUCUUUUAAUACAUACGAGGCAGAAGAAAAAAAAUUUUAUCAGACUCUGAAGGGAAUUCUCCGAAUGGUUAACGAAGAACGCAAAAAGGGCCACAUUCCCCGGGCAAGCAGUAAAGUAACGAAAGCGUCCAAUGCAAUGCUUUGGUAGAUAAGGACAUCUUUGUAUCAAAGGAUCUCGAGAGUUUUGCAAAACUAUCUUGCUUUAGUUGUUCGCAAAGUAUAAAGUGGUAACUGAGUUUCAAAUGAAAUGGUUCAAUAAUCACGCCCAUUGGCCUUUCACAUACUUGUGUAGCUUCUAUAAAAGUGAGUUCUCCAAUUUUUUUCUUUUUUCUUGGAAAUCGUUAGAUUUUAUCGAUAUCCGAAUGUCAAAAUGUAUGCUUAAUCUGUAACGUAAAUAAAAUUAAAGAAGAGCGA